CUCCCACUAUGCAGAUCAAGCUCAUGUCGAGGUCGGUCAUCUCGACUGGAUCAAAAUGGACUGGCUUUUGCUCACGUCAAUUGUAGGCAUCAGUCUCUUGACUCUGUUUACAUGGCGUCGGUACUCCUCCGCAAUCAGCGACAUACCGGGACCAUUUGCUGCUUCUUUUACUCGUCUUUGGCAUAUGCAUCGCAUUCUGGAAGGUGAUCAGAACCUCAGACUCGUACACUUGCAUGAAAGGCAUGGUCACUUCGUUCGUAUCUCAUACGACGAAGUCAGCGUUAGCCAUCCAGAUGCCAUUGCGAAGAUCCUCGUAGCUCCUCUACACAAGGCAAACUGGUACAAAAUCCAUGCUUUACCAGACUAUCGCUUCCAAUCACCCAUGAGUACCACAGACCCCAAGAAAAAGAUCGAAAAGUCAAAAUACAUCGCCGCGGCAUACACCGUCUCCAACCUUCUCCGGUCCGAAGAGCACAUCGAUCGCACUUUUGAGACAUUCUUCGGUUGGAUGGACAAGUUUGCUUCCGAUAAGAAACCCAUGGAUCUCAACAUAUACAUCUCCUACUUAACCUUCGACGUAAUCGGCGAAAUCGUCUUCUCCAAACCUUUCGGCUUCCUUGCCCAAGGCAAAGACAUCGGUAACUCGAUCUCAAAUUCCCUCGCGCUGAACGCAUACAUCGCCGUCGCCGGCUACUUCCGCUGGAUCAACAUCGCGCUGUUGGCCAAUCCGGUCAUGACGUGGCUUUCGAUACUACCAGUGGGCCAUCUCUUCGACACUGUUACGUCUGUGUUGGCGGAUCGGGAGAAGAAUGAGAAUGUGAGGUAUGAUGCCGUUCAGUACUGGUUCAAGCAGCAUGAGCGACAUCCGGAUAAGUUUACCAUUCGGGAAAUCAAUACACAGGCGCUUGCAGCUGUGGGUGCGGGGUCGGAUACUGUUGCGGCGGGUAUACAGUCUUUUAUUUAUCAUAUGAUUCGUCAUUCUGAUGCGUGGGAGCGCGCGCAUGAGGAGGUUGUGAAGGCAGUGGAGAAGGGGUUGUGUGGGGGGAGAGUGGUGUCUUAUGCUGAUGCACAGCAGCUUAGCUUCGUGCAAGCCUGUGUGAAAGAAGCGCUUCGCAUCUUCGGUCCAGUGCCCAUGGGCCUUCCACGCAUAGCGCCCAAGGGAGGCUUGACUAUUGGCGAUCGCACUAUACCCGAGCGUACUAUUGUGUCAAUUAACCCAUGGGUGAUGCACUACUCGAAGGAGAUAUGGGGAGCCGAUGCGCACAUUUUCAACCCCGAUCGCUGGUUGAAGGAAGACAGCGCUACGAAGGAGAAGUACUGGAUACCUUUUGGUGCAGGUUAUGGCGGCUGUCCAGGCCAAAACAUCGCUAAGAUCGAACUCGCGAAGAUCGUAGCAACUUUGGUCAGAGACUACAAGAUCAAGCAAGUGGACGCAACGCAAGACUGGCAAUGGAAGGCCUACUUCACAGCUGUCCCGCAUUCAUGGCCAGUCGAUAUCGAGAAAAGGGUAUGAAAUAGAGGGUAUAUAACAUAUGAUGGUAACCAAAGCCACUCGAU